CCUAUUAGAUAGCAUACGAUUUGUCACAGAUAUACUUCACAAUCAUGUAUGUUGGAUAUAUUCCACUCGUCUGUUUAUUUUAUAUAUCUGCAAAUGCUCAGUCACCAUUUGGUUCUGGUAUUACUGUUGGCACUUUAGACUCCACUGAUUUAGAUGAAGCGUCUGGUCUGGCCGCUAGUAGAGUACACCCGAAUGUCCUAUAUUCACAUAACGAUGGUGGAGAUUUAUCUCGGAUAUUCGCCGUAGAUUCUACUGAUGCCUCUGUUAUAGCUGAGUUUGGUAUCUCUGGUGCAGAUCAUUAUGACUGGGAGGACAUUGCAAUGGGACCGUGUCCAGAUAAAUCAUCAUGUAUCUACAUAGCAGACGCAGGAUUGAAUCACCACAGGCCAGUCAAUAUGAUCUAUAGAGUACGAGAACCAGGGGCAGUCAAGGAUCAGACGUUGACCAUUAUAGACAAGCUACCAUUUAUAUGGACAGAAGUUGACGGUCAAACAUUACUAGUAGAUAACCAUGGGGAAAUAUACAUGGUUUCCAAUGUUAAUGGCGGGAAAGGUCUAAUGGUACAUAUUCCGGCCUCGGCCUGGGGAUCAACGACACCUUUUAAUGCAACAUCAUCUGUACAUCUGAACAUCACCACAUCCCACCACGACCCAGGGGCAGGCGACAUAUCUCCAGACGGGACGGAGCUUAUCAUUAAAGCAAGAAAUCACGUAUAUUAUUGGAAAGUUAAAAACAAUGAUUAUCUAUCUGCAGUGGAAACUCCUCCUACUGAAAUACCUCAUCACAGUGAACGUCUUGGGGAGGCAAUAUGCUGGGAUAUCAAUGGUACAAACUAUUAUACACUCAGUGAAGGCAGACAUGCACCAUUGUAUGAAUUUGUAAGACUACCAACUGGUCCUGCUGUAGGAUAAUAAAACAGAUUGACUGAUA